UUUCAUAGGAGAUAGGGUGUAGUAGUAGUAGUAGUAGUACAUAACAUACAUGUAGAGUGCAUGGACCAUUUCCAUCCCAUACAUUCACCAAGUACAAAAGCAUUCACCCAAUUUUCGCCCAACCUAACCCUAAAUCUCGAAUUUCAAUUUCAAUUUCAAUUUUCUCCGUCGUAAUCCUGAUCGAUCCAUAUCUUGGCCGAAAUGGACAACGGAUCCUGGGCUGAUCAGUGGGACACCAAUACUGCAGAUCCUCUACCGCCGCAGAAAAGUAGCAAGAGCGGCGGAGGUGCGGCGGCGAAGAUGGUCGGAAAAGGUCUGGGGAAGACGAAGGCGGCGGCGUCAACCGGAGUUAAGAAGGUUAAAGAAGGAACCUCUGUAGGCCUCCGAUGGAUCAAAGAUAAGUAUCAGAAGAAGACUACUGCACAGAAACACUGAUUCCAUGGAUCUCCUCUCAUCUGCAAAAUCAUUUCAUAAGUUCUAAACUUGUAUCCCUAUUUCCUUAACUAUCUAUAUCUAUAUAUAAUUAAUAUAUACAUAUUGAUAUCAGAUUGUAAUUGUUAUUGUAUUGUUUAUUUUGAAAUGGAUUCAUGACUUCAUUUUUUU